AUGGAGAGAAGACAGCGAAAUCAUAAAGGGGCAGCUGAGCAAAUGAAGUUUUGUUGUAUCCGUUCUAAUGAAAUUAACUGGUGGAUGUCCUGUCCAUCAAUGGCUGAUCAGAUGAAUAAAUGCUCAGACGAGUUAAUUAUCCCAUCUAUUGCCAGUUCUUCGUGUGCACGUGCGAUCAAUGAAUGGUCCAGGAUUCGCGAGUACAGGAGGAUCCUGAAACGGGUAAAUCGAAUAAGUACGGUGCAGAAUGUUUAG